ACCAAUCACAGGCCUCCAAUUCUGGAUGCCUGAGGAUCCACACCCCAAUGUUGCAUACCUAAUGCCUGCCUGCCUCUCAUUAUCGCAUCAUCGCGUCUACUGCCUCUACGUCAGGUAGAUGCCUGGGUAGUAGUAUAUGCGUACGAAGUGCGGUAAUCCGUUAGUACGAGCGCCUAAUGCACUUAUCGCAUAUCAUUGGCGGUCACAGCAGUCGAGGUUUUGGUUGGGCAGAAUACAGGCUGGUAGGAGGUGACCUCACCUGACAUGGAAGAAAUUGAUUCCUUGAGUUGUUGGGUAAGAGGUUACAGGAUCAGGUGUGUAUGUAUUACUUACCUACCUUAGGUAUCUACCUACCUACCUACCUACCUACCUACAUCCUACCUACGAUCCCUUCUAUCAGAGCUUACCUCUGAUUCUGCUUGUCUCGCCUAACCUACCUACCUACCUCUUAACCUACCUCCCAUACCGGCCUGCCAACCUACCUACCCAGCCCGACCCGACCUCACCGAACUUCCCUGCCUACCCCGUCCUGGCAACAAUUCGACGCCGCCGAUGGCUUCGACGGACGCCGCCAAGCCCCAGCGAGUCGUCGUCGACCCGAACGGCGAACUCUGCCUGACCGUCGGAGGCGAGAACGCCGUCGCUUUCGUGGUGUGCGCCAAAACGCUAGCUCGGGCAUCUCCGGUGUUGAGGACGCUGCUAUACGGUGGCUUUGCUGAGUCCGUACAGCCAGAUAGAUCUAGCGGCGAGGAAUGGACGGUAGAGCUCCCCGAGGACAAUCCCGGGCUCAUGGAGAUACUUCUCAAUAUCAUGCAUUGUCUAUUCGACCGAGUGCCCCUUUCCCUUGAUGCCAAAUCGGACGUCGGCCCGCCCCAAACCGACCGUCCCGCUCUUCGUGGCUAUCUCCGACCUGUAGAACUGUAUUCUCUCACUGUGCUGACUGAUAAGUACGACCUCACCCGGAUCCUCCGGCCCUGGGUUAGGAGCUGGAUGGACGGCGUGGCUGAUGCCGGCCCUCCCAAGGAUUCCCUCGCGUGGCGCGGCGAGCUAGAUAUGGACCAGGCUGCCUGGGUCUCUUGGGAGCUAGGAGACAAGAAUAUGUUCAAGAGGACGCUUAAGUUCAUGAUCCUGAACUGCGCUAUCGAUCCCGAAGGCAGACUGCUGUGCUACCGAGUUUCUUCGCUAUUUUCGAGGGCCCUAUUUUCCGACAGCCUCGAGCCCCCCGACAUCUCCGAUCUAGUCAAGCGCAGCCGGCUGGCGGCGAUCGAGAAUAUGCUGAAGCCCAUCAGGGACGUCCUCGAGUGCCUCAUGCAGGGCACUACCAGCACUAAGCGCCUCUGUAGUCAAGCUAGGGGAUCCAGAGGUUUUGUUGACGACUCACAAAAAAUCGAUUGCGAGAUUACCAUGCUCGGUGCCGUUAUCCGCUCCCUCACAAGCCAUGACAUGUGGCCCAUCCCCAAACCCGAAGAUGUUCAGUUAAGCGUGCAAGAUAUGGCAAAUAAAUUACUAAGUUUGGACCUGCGAAGCCGGGCCUACUACCAUUCAUGCAGUGCUUUGCCCGAAUUCAAGGAGACGAUAGCCAGGGGGCUGGAUAGCGUUUGUCCUCCGCUUGUAGGGUCGCACGUACACCACCUCGAGGCCCAGGCGGAGAAAACGGGACUUGCCAUAGCACACGAGCAGCCGUGAAUCCUAGGUUCUUCCUGAGGACCGACCAAGCUUCGGAGAGAUACUGAGAGACGUGUGGCUUGUAGCGGCCCUAACUCCCAAGCAAGAGUUCAUGUUUGGGAUGGAAUCGCGACAGCAUUGGCUCCGGGCACCUCGACGUCCGAAGACUACACCAUCAACGUUUCAGGCAGAGGGCAUCAUGUAUUUGCAGACCUGAAGUAUAAUACUACUUCUGCUAUGUCGUGUGAAAAUGGUGACCCCUAUAUUUCCUCUUCUGGAUACGCAGGCUUAAUCGGGCUUUGGUUCUUCUACGCCAUAACGUACACACAGGUGCAAGUAAGGAAAAGGAGGUCUUUUUAUCAAUAUAUUUCUACCUAACGCCGUGCUUAACCAGAACUCCUCCGUUAACAUCGCGAUUCGUAAGUUUAUAGUCUCCGGUAAGAGGGCAGAU